UUUAUUUUUUUGUAUUCCUAAGUGUGCUCCCCAAUUAAUACUAUAGAUAAAUAAGAAUUGUAAGAGGUAAACUUUUUAAAUAACCAAAUUGGGUUAACAUAAGUACGGCCUGUGCUUUUUAAAUUUUAAUUAGACUAAGGUUACAUGGAGGCCCACGACAAUUAGGGUUUCUGUUAUGAGAACAUCCCCUAUAAAUUAGGCUACACAACCUAGGGCAAAAAGUAGGUUACGUGGCGGUAAGGAAAAUGGGUCGUGUGAUUAGGGCUCAGCGUAAGGGUGCUGGUUCCGUUUUCAAGUCCCACACUCACCACCGCAAGGGUCCAGCUAAGUUCCGGAGCCUCGACUACGGCGAGCGCAAUGGUUACCUCAAAGGAUUGGUGACGGAGAUCAUCCACGACCCUGGCCGUGGUGCUCCUCUCGCACGCGUCGCUUUCCGUCAUCCUUUCCGCUACAUGAAGCAGAAGGAGCUGUUCGUAGCCGCCGAAGGUAUGUACACCGGACAAUAUCUCUACUGUGGUAAGAAGGCUAAUCUUAUGGUCGGGAACGUUCUUCCGCUUGGAUCUAUCCCGGAGGGAGCUGUAGUCUGCAACGUCGAGCUCCAUGUCGGCGACCGUGGUGCUCUUGCUAGGGCUUCUGGUGAUUACGCCAUCGUAAUUGCUCACAAUCCUGACAGCAAAACCACUAGGAUUAAGCUUCCUUCUGGAGCGAAGAAGGUUUUGCCAAGUGGGUGCAGAGCCAUGAUUGGGCAAGUUGCGGGUGGAGGAAGAACAGAGAAGCCACUUCUCAAGGCUGGAAAUGCAUACCACAAGUACAGAGUGAAGAGGAACUGUUGGCCUGUUGUGCGUGGUGUUGCCAUGAACCCAGUGGAACAUCCCCACGGAGGAGGAAACCAUCAGCACAUUGGUCACGCCAGUACGGUAAGGCGUGAUAAAUCUGCUGGUGCUAAGGUUGGUCAAAUUGGUGCAAGGAGAACUGGUCGUCGCAGAGGUACAGCCACACUAGCAGCCAAGGCAGACUACUAGACUUGACUUGAAACACACUCUUCUCUGCUUUCUUGAUUUUGUUUUGCUUAUUUCUGUUAAAGUCUUAACACCCCAUUCCAUUGUUGCCGUUUACGU